AUGGCACAAAAAAGCAAGAUCUUGAUAAUCGGAGCAACAGGCUACAUCGGAAAGUUUGUAGCAGAGGCAAGCACCAAAGAAGGUCAUCCAACUUUCAUUUUGACCAGAGAAAGCACAAUCAAACAUCCUGAGAAAUCCAAGCUCCUCAACAAUUUCAAAACUCUUGGUGCCAAACUUGUUAUUGGUGAUCUUUAUCAUCAUGAAAGUUUGGUGAAGGCAAUAAAGGAAGUUGAUGUUGUCAUCUCGACAGUAGGUGGGGAAUCCGUGGCUGACCAAGUUAAACUCAUUGCAGCCAUUAAAGAAGCUGGAAAUGUCAAGAGAUUUAUACCUUCGGAAUUUGGAACCGAUGUGGACCAUGUAAAUGCGGUUGAACCUGCUAAGAGCACUUUUAAAGGAAAAGCAUAUAUUCGUAGGGCAGUUGAAGCUGCAGGGAUCCCACAUACUUUUAUAGCAUGCAACGGUUUUGCUGGCUAUUUUCUACCAACUGUUGGCCAAAUGGACACCUACACUGCCCCAAGAGAAAAAAUCACCAUCCUUGGGGACGGAACUCCGAAAGUUGUUUUUGUCAAAGAAGAGGAAAUAGCUUUGACUACCAUCAAAACAGUCGAUGACCCACGUACCUUGGAUAAGGCACUGAUUUUCAGACCACCGGGUAACACACUGUCAUUUAAUGAAAUUGUUUCGAUAUGGGAAAGCAAAAUUGGAAAGACCCUUGAGAGAACGUACGUUUCCGAGGAGCAACUUCUCAAAAACAUCAAAGAGGCUCCAUUUGGCUUGAGCAUUGUAUUAUCUAUAAUGCAUUCGGUUUUGGUGAAUGGAAGUGCUACCAACUUUGAAAUUGAACCUUCAUUUGGUGUGGAAGCUAGCGAGCUCUAUCCAGACAUCAAGUAUACCACCAUUGAUGAAUAUCUUACACAGAUUGCUUAAUGUCUUUGUUUCGUCUUACAUGAAACUCAUUUUGUUAUAUGUGAGUGAUUAUUAUAUGUAUGCUUUUUAUGAAAUAAAAUAAAUUUGUUAUCUGGUCACA